CCCGUCACCACCAGCCAGCGCGCCAUUCUAUUUCCCUCCGUGACGAAAGGUCGCAGGGGGUAGAGGCUAGUGCUCGGACCCGCCAUUCGUUUAAUGUCACUCUCUCAUCGCACGACACUCAUUAUCGCAGUUGCAGCUGGCUCAGCAGGCGGCAUCUUGCUCAUUUGGAUACUUUUUCUCUUCCGAAGCCGACCCAAACCUUUGGCACCUCUGCCCCCGAAGCAAGAACUCGCCCGGUACCGAACCCAGUCGCAGCCCCCGACGUUACGCUAUGACCACUCGGCUUUACCCCUCCCUCGGCAAGAUUUACUCUCCGCGAGUAGUCGCUCAUCGUUGAUUCCCAAUAAUCGCGGGGGCAGUCCCUUUCGUCCGACGCCGAGUCUACACACGACUGAAUCUCCGUCGGAGGACAUCUCCCAUCUCGCGACGUCUGAGCCCCUGGCUCCACAAAUACCACAUCAGUUCCAGCUGAGCACCACCUCCUUGUCACUCUCCUCGUCCGAAAUCGAGGCUGCAAACACUUUUUCCCCGCUGGUAUCCAUAGGCGAUACAGUGUCCCCGCGAGCUCAACAUCCGCGUUCAGCCUCAUCUUCCUCCCGGCCCCGCCGACGAUCGCGGCCCCUUUCUAUAGGAUCUGCCGCCAGUUCGCGGAACACCAUCAGAGGCCUGCCUCACGGGCCGCACAGUCAGGUCAACAUCGUCCUUCCAGCGCCUCUCGGCGUUCCUCAGAGUCCGGGGCGCACUUUGAGCCAGGAGCACCCGAGACAAUUGUCUUCGCGCGCUAGUGUGGCUGAUUUGUGGGCUCCCGCUAUUGUGAGAACUGAGGGACAGAGAUCUUUGAGCACGGAACCUAAGAGACCUUCCAGUCAACCUUCUAGCCAACCUCCCUCCGCACCCCACAUGCGACAUGCAUCUGAAUCCACACUUCCUUCGGUUACCGGUCCUUAUGGUGUACCGCCAGUUCCCCGGAUCCCAGACCAAUGGGCGGCAGAUUACUCUGCGCGGGGUCGCGUUCGAGAUCGAACAUCAAGCACAGAUCCACCCACCCCACCCGCCGCCCCUCCUUCAUCAUACAGUAGGCUCCAGAAGCAACGAAGUCAGUCCAGAGGUAGAUGACACUGUAGUAGGUAAUUCGCGUAAUAGACACAAGAACAUGUGAAUGUGUGUGACCAGUAGAAAGUGUGAUUCCUGAGUGUCGGACCCUGACUCGAUUUUGUUUCCUGCCAAUGGCCACCUCCCUUCUACGCGCUCUGCGUCGUCCGAAUCCAUUGCGCAGCUGGACAGUUCAACGCUAUGUCUCGAAUGUCGUCCCAGAUCCCAUGACUGGCGAGCUCAUGCCCCCGACUCCGGAAAUUGAGCCCAGCCGCCUCGAAAUCAUCCAAAACAACAGCCCGAGCACCCCUCCCCCGUCGAACACGCUGGUUUUUGGACACACCUUCACAGACCAUAUGCUCACGAUCCCGUGGAACGUUGUCGGCGGCUGGGGAGCUCCUCAGAUUCGGCCGUAUGGCCCUCUGGAAUUGGCGCCUAGUUCGACUGUGCUCCAUUACGCGCAAACCAUCUUCGAGGGGAUGAAAGCGUAUCGGGACGAGAAUGGGAAGGUGACUCUGUUCCGGCCGGACAUGAACAUGAAGCGGAUGAACAACAGCGCUAAACGCAUUGCUCUCCCUACUUUCAACGGCGACGCGCUUCUCGAAUGCAUCAAGGAGCUCGUUCGCAUCGACAAGCACUGGAUUCCCAGGGAGCCUGGACACAGCAUGUACGUCCGCCCGACACUAAUUGGAACCCAAAAGGCGAUUGGUGUUGGUCCGCCGAACGAAGCGCUGCUGUUUGUCAUCAUGAGCCCUGUCGGACCCUACUAUCCGACCGGUUUCAAGCCGGUCUCGCUGUACGGCACUACAGAAUACAUCCGGGCCGCUCCUGGCGGCACUGGUGCGUAUAAACUCGGCGUGAACUACGCCCCCGGUGUGAUGCCUCAGCAAUCUGCUUAUGCUCUCGGGUACUCUCAGAACCUGUGGCUGCAUGGACCCGAGCAUGAGCUGACUGAAGUCGGGACGAUGAACAUGUUCGCCGUCUUCAAAUCGGAUGAUGGAACUGUGGAACUCGUUACCCCGCCGCUAGACGGGAUGAUUCUUCCUGGUGUUACGCGAGACUCUGUGCUCACUCUGGCACGCGAGCAUCUCUCCGGCAAAAAGGUCAUCCCAGGGCUGUCUGAUAAGCUCGUGGUCUCCGAACGCAAAAUCCCGAUGAAGGAAGUGAAGGAUGCAGCUGCGACAGGCCGCCUUGUGGAAAUGUUCGGUGCUGGGACCGCCGCAGUCAUCAGCCCAGUGGACAGAAUCGGGUAUCUUGGUCAGGACAUCCAUGUUCCUGCUGGUGAAGAUGGGAUGGGCCCAAUCUCGAGACCAAUCUGGACAGAGCUCGUUGGAAGGCAGUUGGGAACGAUCCCCAGCGACUGGAGUGUUCCGGUCACUGAAUGAGGUCAGCAGCCUCAAACCUUGUCCAUAAUUACUAUAAUUUAGUCAAGUACAUGAUCAUGGGCUCCAAGACUACGAUCAUAAAAACCCA